AAAAAACCAUCCCACUCGGUCUUCCUUCCUGAUGUGGAAAAAUGUGAAUACGAUCCAGACGACCACCGCAUCUUCAUCGUCCUCAGCAGCCUCUUGCGGUACCUUUCCCGACGCCGCCUGAAGAUUCUUCUAUCUUCUUUGAACUUUUUCUUCGCCCUACGGAAAAGAAAACAAGGAUGUCGGCGAAGAGUAACACGGAAAAAGUUUCUGAGAUCGACAAUCACGUUACCAAACAGUACGACAUAAUUCGACGUCUUGGCAAAGGGGCUUAUGGAAUAGUAUGGAAGGCAGUGGACAAACGUUCCAAGGAGACGGUGGCAGUGAAGAAGAUCUUUGACGCCUUCAGAAAUCAAACAGAUGCUCAGAGAACUUUCCGCGAGAUAGUAUUUCUUUUAUCGUUUGCUAAUCACGAAAAUAUCAUCCAACUUAUUGGCCUACAUAAGGCAAAUAAUGAUCGGGAUAUUUACCUCGUCUUCGAAUACAUGGAAACCGAUUUGCACAAUGUCAUCAAAAGAGGUAACAUUCUUAAGGACAUUCACAAGAUCUUCAUUAUGUACCAGUUGUUCAAAGCGAUCAAAUACAUCCAUUCCGGAAAUGUGAUUCACAGGGAUUUAAAGCCGUCGAAUAUUUUGCUGAAUGCUCAGUGUCAUUGCAAAAUCGCCGAUUUCGGAUUGGCCAGAUCGGUAACCCAGAUUGGGGAAGGGGAUGGCGAAAACGGAAGCGAUCCUACCCUGACGGAUUACGUAGCGACUCGCUGGUACCGCGCGCCGGAAAUUCUUAUAGCAUCCAAACGCUACACCAAGGGUAUCGACAUGUGGUCUCUUGGCUGCAUCCUAGGAGAAAUGCUACUCGGCAAGCCAUUGUUCCCAGGUUCAUCGACGAUAAAUCAAGUGGAAAGAAUAAUGGCUACUUUGCCGCCACCUACGGAAGAAGAUCUGGCGUCCGUGAGUGCUGGAUACGGGACAAAUCUUUUGGAGAAGACACCGUCGGGACCUAGAAGAAGCUUGAAGGAAUUGCUACCUGAUGUCUCUGGAAGCGCUUUGGAUCUGAUAAAGAACUUGAUCGUAUUUAAUCCUAACUUCAGACUGACAGCUGUCGAGGCAUUGGAACAUCCUUAUGUAGCGGACUUUCACAGUAAGGGUAAUGAACCCGAACGCGGCUCCAGUGUUAUACCGUUACUCAGGGAUGAUGUGCAGCUCUCGGUGGAGGAGUACAGAAGCAAACUCUACGCCAUGAUGGACGAGAAACAUAAGAAGCAUAAAAAUAUGUUAAGAAAGAAAUUUUCUGAUAGGUCCAAGUCUAGGAUAAGACGGCUCUCGGAGCAUAUUAGGAAGGAAACAACGUCGAGCGUCGGCCAGGGCGACGCCACUGCUAAAAAAAGCUUCCAUCUGUCCUGCGAUGAUUUUCACAAGGAAAGGAUGACCAAGGGUGACGUCUAUAAGAAUCAACUUCCGGUUGACAAUCAUGCCCGUUCACUGCCACCCAGGAAGGUGAUAGCACCUACUUAUAUGGCUGGUCAUGGUAGGACUGGAAAGAGUCAACUGGUUAAUGUAGAUAUGAUGAUGGGUGAUAAGCUACAGCAAAAUGGCAGGAACACAGUGCAAUAUGCUUACAACCUGGUGAACGGCGACUUCAGGAAUUUACCACCAGGUCAGGCAAAGAGCUGCCUUUAUCUGAGCCAGCAGCAACAGCAGCAGCCGCAGCAGCAGCUCUCCAAAUCACAACGAUCAAUACAAUCUGAUCAAGUGACUCUUCGUGGAACAGGGGUCAGGUCGACUCUUCAAGCCCAAUCGAAAUCACGUAAAAUUGGAAAGCCUCAGCUGGUACACAGAAUAUCUAAUCAGAACCCAGUGAAUCAGCUGAAAGGAACUUUACCAAAAAGACCCAAUCAGGAGAGUCCAAAUAAUCAGAGCAAGUAUCUCACGAAGAUGCCAAACAGCUAUGCAAAGCACUUUGCCGGUAGUGGCCACGUCACGGUUCAACAACAGAGCCACGUGGCUUCGCAAAAUCAAGCUAUUCAAAAUUACUUGAAUCAAACAAUUCCGAUGAGAGAGCGUCAGUCGAUAGGCACCAUCUCGGAAGUGGCAGAGACUACGGGAUAUCCUCAGAACGUAAGAAAUCACUUGGAAAAUCACAGGUUAAUGAGAAGCGCUGUAACCAGAAGUCAAACGUUGAAAAAUCACCUGAGACACAGCAGCAUUCAAAAGCCUCAGGUAGCAAGAAAUCUUCGUUCACUAAAUAGCUACAGCCAGAAUCAUGGAAUCAUCACGGCUUCGGCCUACAAGGAUCUACGAAGUGGAAAUAUCAGAUGGUGAAGAAGUAGCAAUGUGGGGGGCCGUCUUCGCAUAGCUUUCAGGAAGGAGGAAGAAUAAAAAAUGAUUUAAAAACUUUUCGACGGUUAAAUCGAAAUCAAAUUAAAAUCCUAAUUUCGCAAAUUCUACAGGUCGACGAAAAAAAAAAGAAUGUCAAUAUCCUUUCUUUUCUCAUAUUGCUAUACUGAGACAUUUAUUUAUUUUAUAAUGGAAGCUCAACGGGGACGAUCUUGAUGUGUUUUUUUAUGAAAAUUUUGUGUAUCUCAAAUGUAUACCGUGAUUUGUAUAUUCGUCGUUGAAAUUAUACGAUCGAUUAUUUUUACGCGAAAAGGAAAGGGAGAGUGUACCCACCAAUUAGGAACAAAGUGGAUCUCAUUAAUGGCUAUACAGAAAUAAAGGAAAAAGUAUGGCCAACGAAGUUUAUUGCCUCUCGAUGUUAAAGGCGAAAAAUGAGAUGAAAAAAGGAAAAAAAAAAAGUGAAACUGUCUCUUCCAUACCGUGUGAACGUUUUCUGAAUGUUUUCCCUGAUAUUUUUAAUAUCCUCUCUAUCUUCUCCACGUACGUAUGUAUUUACACAGGCAUUAUACACCAACUUACAAAUUGAAACAGUUCUCAGGAAUAAUUCCAAUUGUAUCGUAAUUAAGUAUUUUACGAUAAAUAAUCACAAGCGAUUAAAAUCGGUACGCCCUCGUGACGUUCCACGUGCCACAAUGGAAUAUAUUAAUUAUUACGUCACCGUUUAACACGGCUAACAAAACGAUUUUUGAUAAAUCACUUUAUUUUAAGCAGACAUAUUACAAUUACUAUAAAACACCUACGUGUGAGAAUGGCUGUACAAAUUUCCUUGUAAGACAUUUGUAAUUUUUGUGAUCGUGUCAUGUAAUGACGUCUGUCAGUGUAUGAUAAUGUACAACGAAACAUUUCAUAAAUAAAAGUAUC